AUGGGACAGUCCGGUCAGGCGAUGGAUUUGCUGGAUAGAUUUAUCAAAAACCUCUCCAAUCAGGACAUUAUGGCGCUUCUCAAUCCGAUCAGAUGCCAACUUAUUUCCGAAGAUUCUAUCUUUACAUUGAAUGCAGUGUAAGUUUAUAAAAGUUGCAGAGAAUUAAGAGAUUCUCUUUCUUUUAAGAAACGGCUCAACGGAUUCGAUGAAUAAUCGGUUUACAAUUCGUGAAUUUCUGAAUAGAUUGGGGCCUAAUUGGAAACGAUGGAUUCAUCGAUGUAAGAACAAAAAAUAUUAAUCGAUUCUUAUCUCCAUGCAUACCAGUAUGAAGUUUUAGAUCGAUAUUCCCUGGCUGAAGUCCAAGUCAGCACUCACACUCCGAUGGAAACGACCCCUCACAUAAAAAUGGGAGGAUUUGACUCUAUCGAUAUCCCCCCAACAGAUUUUGUGGUUGACUUCAUCGAGAAAAUGGAUAAAUAUAAAAAGCGGAGAUUACUGUACUGUGCCAGAGAGGGGUUACUGAGCGACGAAAGUUUCCUAAAUGUAAAUACAUAUCUGGGGCCAGAUCGAGUUCAGGUAAAAAACAACAUCAAACAGGUCGAAAAAUAUUCGGUUCAGGUAUCGAUGAAGAAAGUGGUGGAGACGAUGAAAACUUGGGAGUUGGGCGAAGCCGCCCUUUUCGAAUCGAGGCCUUUGGUCUACAAGAUCUGCAAACUCAGUUUCCUGAGUUCCGCCAAUUUUGACAAAGCCAAGAAAGCGGAUCUGGACGUAAGGCAAUUACAAUCUGGAAGAUGCAAAUUGUCAGUUUUUUAUUCGAUUUUUUUUCUUUUGAUGACAUUAUCAACAUUCGGAGGACAUGUUUGGUCGAAUAUUGUGAAUUACGAGGACAUGGAAGAGCUGAAUAUUCAUUUGAGUGUAACCAUAGUGGUCAUUGCAAGGUAAUAAGCGACGUUUAGAUACGGUCUUAUUUUAGUAUUGCAAUUGGAGCCCUUUUAUAUCUCUGUCUUCAAACAACUGCCUUCCUCGGAUGUUGUGAGACCAAUCUCCAUCAAUUGUCUGUCAUCAAACCUUGCUGGACUAGAUUUCAAUCAUACUUUGGAAUACUUUUGUAUUUCAAAUACCGUAUUUGGGUGAUCAAAUGUCUCCAUCUUUUCUUGCUCUUCUACACGAUCGGGCUUGUGAUUUAUGCCAGAGAGUUUGAACUAGACAUCUAUCCAUCGAUCCUCUGUAUCCUCACAAAUGGAUUCGGAUUUAUAUUUUUUAAUCGAAUUGCCAGAUUUCUAAAAGAAUGUCGUCGAGACUCUGAAGAUGGAACUACAUUAUACGCACGAUAA